AUGGCACCCAGAGACUGCUCUGACCACAUGGUCAAGGGGGAGAGGAACAGUGGGGUCUACCAAGUGAUCCCUGACCCUAAGAAUGUAACCAUUGCAGUGUUCUGUGACAUGGAGUCUCAUGACGGAGGGUGGACCGUCAUUCAGCUCCGUCAGGACGGCAGUGUGAACUUCAACAGGACAUGGGCUGAAUACCGGACGGGCUUCGGUAACAUGAGGGCUGGGGAGUUCUGGCUGGGCAAUGACCAGAUCCAUCUCCUGACCCGACACAGGGAGAUGGUCCUCAGGGUGGAGCUGGAAGACUUUAACAGAGUGAGGGAGUACGCAGAGUACAGGCUCUUCCGUGUGGCUGGCGAACGGCUGCGGUACCGCCUGUCUGUGGGUGGGUACUCAGGCACGGCGGGAGAUGCACUUCAAUUCAGCAAGAGUUACAACCACAACAACAGGUUCUUUACGACUCCUGACAGGGACUAUGACCGCUACCCUUCAGGGAACUGUGGGGCCUACUACGACUCAGGCUGGUGGUUUGAUGCCUGCAUGGCUGCCAAUCUCAAUGGGAUAUAUUAUGUGGGAAAGUACAAAGGGGUGAGGAACGGGAUCUACUGGGGGACGUGGCAUAAUAUAUCUACAGAGUACUACCCAACAAAUGACAGACAAUCUUUCAAGACAGUCAGAAUGAUGAUCAGGCCAAGAGGCUAUGCAAAGUGAGCUAGACGGCUGGCUCUUCGUUUGGCGUACUCAGCUGUUGCAAUUGUCAAACAGGGGGGCUGGGAAACCCUAUAAGGCCUCAGCAAUUUUUCAAUGGGUCCGUGAC